ACAUCGAACCCCGCCACGCUCGCAAACAUGCCACCCGUCAUGCCGCAAACACCUCACAAAGAUGACCUGGAUGAAACCUGGUCAUUUCUGGAGGGCGGAAUCAACAGUGUUAUGGUCAAACUCGAUGAAGGAGUGGAUAUGAAGAUCUACAUGGCUCUUUACACGGCUGUUCAUAACUUCUGCACGUCCCAGAAAGCUGUUGUCAACAACCAGGGAUUGCAAGCACACCGAGGAGCACACUUACUGGGCGAAGAACUCUACAAGCUUCUAGGAGAGUAUCUUUCUCGUCACCUGAAGACAGUAUACACCGAGUCCCUGAGCCACAACGAGGAAGCCCUGCUAGCAUUUUACAUUCGCGAGUGGACCCGUUACACGACUGCCGCCAAAUAUAUCAAUCAUCUCUUCAGUUACCUCAACCGCCACUGGGUGAAGAGAGAAAUCGAUGAAGGAAAGAAGCACGUUUAUGACGUUUACACACUGCACCUGGUCAAGUGGAAGGACGACUUCUUUGAGAAUGUGCAUAAGAAGGUUAUGGAUGCUGUCCUAAACUUGAUCGAGAAGCAGCGGAAUGGCGAAACCAUCGAACAGAUGCAGAUCAAGAGCAUCGUUGAUUCCUUCGUCUCCCUGGGCUUGGACGAAAAUGAUAGCAAGAAGUCAACCCUCGACGUCUACCGCCAAUACUUCCAGAAACCGUUCAUAGACGCUACGCGAAGCUAUUACCAGAACGAAUCAAAGGUCUUCGUGGCUGAAAACAGCGUGGUGGAAUACAUGAAGAAGGCCGAGGCCCGACUUGAGGAGGAGAAGGCUCGAGUGGGCUUGUACCUGCACCCUGACGUUCAGAAAGCCCUCACAAACACUUUCUUGCUGGAUAACGAGCGCCAGGAGGAUCUGGCUCGUAUGUAUAGUUUGCUUUCCCGUAUCAAGGAAGGCCUGGAUCCUUUGCGUUCGACGUUUGAGGCCCAUGUGCGAAGUGCCGGUUUGGCUGCGAUAGAAAAGGUCAAGUCAGAAGGCGACGAAUCAUCAUUGGAGCCCAAGCUGUAUGUGGAUGCUCUCCUCCAGGUCCAUACCAGGUACCAGAACCUUGUGGAUGAUGCUUUCAAUGGCGAGUCCGAAUUCGUGCGAUCUCUCGACAAUGCCUGCCGAGAAUUCGUCAACCGUAAUAAGGUCACCAACGGAGUCAGCACUCGAUCUCCCGAGUUGCUCGCCAAGUACACCGAUUCCUUGCUGAAGAAAGGAUCUAAGGCAGCCGAGGAAUCUGAGCUUGAAGAGAUGCUCGUUCAAAUCAUGACCGUCUUCAAAUAUAUUGAGGACAAGGACGUCUUCCAAAAAUUCUACUCAAAGAUGCUAGCCAAGCGUCUGGUCCACACCAGCUCUGUGUCCGAUGAUGCGGAGACAAGCAUGAUCAGCAAGCUGAAGGAGGCCUGCGGUUUCGAAUACACUAACAAGCUUCAGCGCAUGUUCCAAGAUAUUCAAAUUUCGAAGGAUCUCAACGCCAACUACAAAGACUGGCAAGAGAAAGAGCUCACUGACGAUGAGCGAAAGAAGGCUGUGGACUGUCAGUUCCAGAUCCUGGGCACUGGAAUGUGGCCUCUCAACCCACCAAACACUGCAUUCUCCGCCCCAGAGGAGAUUGCCAAGACUGCAGAGCAGUUCCAAAAGUUCUAUUUCGACAAGCACAGCGGUCGCAAGUUGACAUGGCUCUGGCAGCUCUGUAAGGGUGAAGUGAAGGCUAACUAUAUCAAAAACGCGAAGAUCCCUUACACCUUCCUGGUGUCGACCUUCCAGAUGGGCAUCUUGCUGCUGUUUAACGAGAGCGACACCCUCUCCUACGAAGACAUCCACAAGGCCACCAUUCUAAACAGUGAGAUGCUUGAUCCUAACCUUGGCAUUCUUCUCAAGGCCAAAGUGCUUCUUGCAAGCCCCAGGGUGCUAAGCCAGAGCCCGAAGGUCAAGGUGAACCUCAAUAUCCAGAUCAAGUCAGAGGCCAAGGUCGAAGCCGAUGACACCCACAAGACGGUGGAAGAAGAUCGAAAGCUCUUGCUCCAGUCUGCCAUCGUUCGCAUCAUGAAGUCCCGCAAGAAGAUGAAGCACGUCCAACUCGUUCAGGAGGUUAUUCAGCAAGUAAAGGCGCGCUUCCCCCCCAAGAUUCCUGAUAUCAAAAAGAAUAUCGAAGCUCUCAUGGAGAAGGACUACAUCGAACGCCUCGACGGAGACGAGAUUUCUUACAUUGCCUAA